UCUUUGCGUAAGUGUGUGCAUGGUUUAACCGCGUUGGUAACACAUCGUUUUUGAGGAGAAAUGUGCUCUGAGUUAUGUCUUGGCUUGGGAUUGCUCUGUGUAUUUGACGUAUCACACAGGUAACGAUAGGUUAUUGUAGUGUGACUGAAAGUGACUGUUUGCAUAACAUUUGCCUGUCCCCCGUGACUGCUGCGUGUCGCUCGUAAAUAGCCCUUGUGCGUGUUUCCGUGUUAUAUAUGAAUGUAAAACAAAGCGUCAAGAUUACCCAUUACUUUUCGAUGGCAAAAAAAUCCUCUGGGGCUUUUAAGCCAAGCUAGAUGAUCGAUCCUUAGCGUUUUGCCGAGCGGAGGGAUCGCAGGAGGGGGCGGAGGCGGUUAGGAUCCUUAGAAGUCGGAGAUUAAGGUAACAAUGCAGGUCAGUGGCAUGACCUGAGGUCAGGCGAGGUCAUAGCCCGGUGUCGUCAUAUCGCCCGAGGGUUCGAGGUUGCUGGCGGGACGGACCCGGCACAUGAGGCCUGUGAUUGGUCGACAGCGAGCACAUAAAGCCUGUGAUUGGUUGAUUUUGGACGAACGUGACUUGUGAUUGGACGGCAGGAUUAUGUACUGUCACGUGACCAAUGGGUGCUUGCGUCGUUUAUGUCAAGAUUUUGUCCCGUUGAACUUCGUCGCCUUUCCUAAAAUCAUCGUCCACUUCGGAUUUGAUUUUCACGUGGCGAACAGAGAUCGCCCAUAGACUACUCGAAAAAAAAACCUUCACCGUACCUUUAAACCCCUAACCCUAACCGCCCCAAAACAUUGAGAAGCCGCCCCUCAAUAACAAACAAACAAGCACCCCACCCUAAACACAAACACACAGACCCAACCCGAACGCCACACGCUCGAGCGUCCCUCCCGAGAGAGCGUCGCAGCUGACCCUCCGAGCGAAAUGCAGAGGGACAGGUGAGCGGCGCUGGGUGGCGGCGGCGCGGGCGUGAGGGUCAGUAGCCAGCCCGCAGUCGUAGCAUUAAGCGGGUCGUCUCCCUGCGAAGUAUCUCCGGCGUCUUAGAGAGAGAUCGAGAGAGACGGGAAUUAAGAUAAAGAGAGACAUAGAGGGAGUGCGGAAAAGAGACGGACAUUUUUGUUUUUGUUUUUUAUUUUUUAUUCUUUUUGUUUUACCGGAACAUUGAAGCAGGAAAGUUGCAAGGCAAUCUGACCAUUUAAGAACUCUUGUUUCGUGUGUGAUUUUUUCGUUGGUAUUUUAUACUUUGGAGAAAAGGACGAUGGCGGCGCGACUCAAGCAAGGGGGACACGAGAGCUUCCUCAACAAACUGCUGCUUCUGCGAGAACAGGAAGUCCUCAAUCUGUCCAAGAAAUUGCACAACCAGGCGGCCAUCGACUCGGAUGUCAGCUCAGGCAUCAGCGAGGGGAGUCUGGGCAGCCCUGAGUCCCGCGCCCUCUCCCUCUCCCCCCCUCCCGCCUCCUCCCCCGACCAGAGCGCCGACCCCCGACUCCACUCGCCGACCUCCGACAAGGCGGAGUCGCUGGCCAGCCCUCGAGGCCACCACGACCCCCUGGACGACCCCGGCGCGCAGGAGGCGGGCCACGAGGACGACCAGUACCCCCACCCUGACCCCCACCCGCACCCGCACAUACACCUGCGGAACGACCUGCUGCGGCCCGGGGUCAAGGAGGAGAGCCACAACCCCUACGGCCUCCUCAGCGACGACGACGACGACCACCGACGACUCCAGCGGCAACGACUCGACCUCGACGAGGCUCACCCCCUGAGCCGGCAGCUAAACUUCGAUCAGGAACGGCGGCUGGACGACCUGGGCCUCGAGCAGGACCCUCGCUCACUCUCGGGGCAGCUUCUCGAAAGGUACGACCAGUUGCGUCGACGACCAGACGACCAUUGGAGCCCCGACGGAUUACAAAACGACCAGGACCUGAGCAGAAGCGAGAGCCUUCCCGACGACGACGACGACGACGAGGAGGGUCGCGGAGACAUGAACUCGAGCGGCUUCCAGCACCAGCAGCAGAUGGCUCUGGCGGCGCGGGCGGUGCUGGGCUCGCUGGCGGCGCCCGCGCUCGCGCCCGCCAUGCUGCCCUUCCCGCCCGUCACGCCCGAAAAACAGCUGAUGAGCAACGGGUCGAACCUGCUGGUGCGCGCCCUGGCCACGUCCGCGCCCCGACGCCCGCGCGGGGAGAAGAAGCCCAUCCCGGACACGCUCAAGGACGAGAAGUACUACGAGCGCAGGAAAAGGAACAACCUCGCGGCCAAGAAGUCCAGGGACGCCAGGAAGCAGCGGGAGGAUCAGGUAGCGAUGCGAGCGUCUUACCUGGAGAAGGAGAACGCCAUCUUGAGAGCCCAGGUCGCCACCCUCAGAGACGAGGCCUCCUCCCUCAGACAUCUCCUCCUGCAGAAGAAGGGCAAACAGCAGUAAACGAAGAGGACAAAGGCCUUUUUUUUGGGGGGGUAAUUUUUUUGCGAAUUUAUGACGUUUCUCGGUAUUUUGUUUUUUGCCGUUUGUUCUUUCUCUCUUUUGUCUUCCUGUCUCCAUAUCUCCGUCUUACAUUCCUCUUUUCCUCUCUACCUCAUUUUGUCUCAUUAUUUUCUGCCUUUAUUCUUUUAUGUACAAAACGAAAAUCUUUCGCCGAAUCGUCCGUCCACCUUUUCUCCGUCUCCCGUUUUCUAUUUGCUUUUCCACUUUUGGAACAGCGGAUACUACUGUAAACUAGUAGAUAUCCAGGGAUACCGAUGUAUAACGUAAAGCAGCCGUGUUUAGUAUUAAGGGGCACGGAUGAAACUAAUGCACGUGUGGAGAGCUAUUUUUGCGAACACAGUGUGGCCAAAUCACAGUAAGCUUUUAAGAGGGGGUUGGGGGGUGAAUUUCGUGGUGUUGAUAAAUUUUUUUUUUUUUUUUUUUUUUAUCACUCCGUCACGGCUCUGGGUCAGGCAGUUUAUGGCUAACAGAUUUCUUCCCUGUGGCUUAGGUGCUUGUCCUUUCAUUCCCUCUUUAAAAAGUGACAAACCAGAGAAAUAAAAUUAUAUAAAAAAA